AUAAUUUCUCCUAAAAUUGAUCUCAAUUAGGAUAUUAUAUUAUAUUAUUAUUUAUUAUUAUUAUUUUUUAAGGAAAUUUUACUUUGAAUGUAUAGAGGGACAGAUUAAACAAAUGUUUUUCCUAGAAAAGAAAAAAGGGCAAAAAAGGAAAAACAGAGGGCCUGUGGAAGGGAACGAUGGAGAGGAGAGUUGGGUGGAGUGAGCUUCCGACGGAGAUAUUAUCAAUGAUCGGAAACUGCCUCGAUUCACCGUUGGACGUUGUCCGACUCCGAAGCGUCUGUAAUUCAUGGCGUUCAUCUUUCCCUCUGUUUAAUCAGAGUGCUCCUCCUUCACCGCUCAAAUUUCCUAGCCCAUUCGCUGACGUUGACGCUUUUCUCUCAGAGAGCACGAUCUAUCGUCUUGAACCAGUCGAUGAUGAGAUCGACAACCCAAACAACCCGAACCCUUCUGCUUCUUCUUCUUCAACGAGGAGGAGACCUUCUCGGUCUCUUCCUUCAAAGGCUUGUUUGGUUAGGGUCGAAGACACUAAAGCUAGCAAAUUUCAGCUCUUCUCCUGCGGCCUCGAUGAUGGGGCUCCAGUUCCAAACGACUUAAGCCUGUUGAAGUUCCGGAUGGUGAAGUUAGGCAAAUCCAACGGACUCAGCCUUAACAAUGGCAGUUUCUGUUUGCCUGGUGUCAAUAAAGUAAUUAGGAACCCCAAUUCAUCAUCUCUUUAUUCCGAAGACUGUUCGAUCUUCGUGAUUUUUGACGGAGGCAAAUUGGGUUUCGCCAUGAAUGGUGAUCGGAAACUAACCCCGAUAGGUGAUCGGGACACCGAUUACAACGACAUCGUUGUUUACAGAGGGAAACCGUGUGUUGUGGACAACUUGGGAACUGUUUCAUGGAUAGACGACAUGUCGUUGGAGCUGACCCCAUUAUUAUUACCCCAUCAGUUGGACUUGGAUUCGGGUGGUUGGAAGCAUUUGGUGGAGUCAGGAGGAGAGCUUUAUGUGGUUCAUAGAUACUGUGAGAAGAUUCGUAUGCGAUACAGCAGUGUUGAUGAAAUUGAUACUCGUGGUCGUCGCUUUUUUCGAAGAAAUGGAAAACUAUUUGAUGGGGGCAACACAGUUGGUUUCAGGGUGUAUAAGUUGGAUCUAAAGUGGCACAGAUGGGUGGAGGUGAUGACUUUGGGUGAUAAAGCUUUUGUAUUGUACGAUGAUAUAUGUUUCUCAGUUUCUGCUUCUGAGUUUGAUGGGUGCAAAGGGAACUGCAUAUAUUUCAAGGAUGAGAUUAACUGUAAUUUAUUCUCAUUUUAUAGGACUGGUUGUAAUUUCUUCAACUUAGAAGAUCGUAGUAUUCACCCAUAUCGUUGGUCCAAGCCUCUUUGCUUCUCAAGUCUGCAUCUUAACACUAGGAUUUGGUUAUUGGACUGCUUUAAUUAUCUAGCUACCUAACCUGAGAGUAUAUUUAUUAUGAUAUGUGUUAUGUAUCUUUAAUCCUUUCAAAAUAUGAAUGAGUGAAUGGAUACAAAGUUUGUCAUGGUA